UUCUAGGCAUGCGCAGUGCCGAGAGAGCGCUCUGACUGACCACGUAGCCUGUCUCAGCUGCGGUACAGAUAGCUGCAAUACACGAAUUCACGGCCUCUCUACAGUAGCAACGGGCCGCUGAAAAAUGGCGAGAUACCUGAGGCCUCCGAAUACAUCUCUUUUUGUCCGAAAUAUCGCCGACGAGUCCAGGCCAGAGGAUUUACGGCGUGAGUUUGGUCGUUAUGGGCCUAUUGUAGAUGUCUACAUUCCACUUGACUUCUAUACACGACGACCAAGAGGAUUUGCUUACAUUCAGUUUGAAGAUGUCCGGGAUGCAGAAGAUGCUCUUCACAACCUGGAUCGUAAAUGGGUUUGCGGGCGCCAGAUUGAGAUCCAGUUUGCACAGGGAGACCGCAAGACCCCUAAUCAGAUGAAGGCCAAGGAGCGCCACUCCCCUCGCAGUUUCUCUCGCUAUGAGGAUGAUCGGGAUACCCGCAGAAGACGAUCACGGAGUCGCAGUUAUGAUCGCCGCCGGUCCCGGAGCCCUUCUUUUGACCGUCGCCCUCGGAGGUCUGAGAGCCCUAGAGACUCUCGAUCCUACAGCCGACACAGAAGAAGCAGAAGCCAUGAAAAUAACAAGCACAAAGCUCCUCCCAGUGACCACCACAGAACGCACCAUGAAACGGCCUCACACUCCACCUCCCGCUCCCCAUCAGCGUCCAGGUCAAGACCAAAAGGUAAAAAGAGCCAGUCCAGGUCUCACAGCCCUGCCGAAGACUUCCACCCAUCCCAGAAACAGUCUGUCAGGAGAUCCCCAUCACGCUCCUACUCUAGAUCCAUGUCCCGGUCACGCUCUCGCUCCAGGUCCUGGGCUGGACGCAAGUCUGGAGGGCACUGACAGACUGUUCUCCAAAGCCCUGUUUAUGUUUCUCUAGAGGUUUCUGUUUAAUGUUCACCUCUAGCCAUUUUGGACAUGCAUUACUUCACAUUGUUGGCUUCAUUAAUCUGGUUAAUGAUUAAUUAACUGGUUAAUAAUGUUCUGUUAUGUUCCUCCCAGGUUUUUUUGUUUUUUGUUUUUUGUUUUGUUUUUUUUUCCCCCCAGACGUACAAGCAGCAGUGACAGGAGAACCACAGUAUGUGUGCACAAGAUUUUUUGCUUUUGUAGCUACAAGCAUUAUCAGUAUUGACUCUAGCGUGUAUAACAUUUGGUUCCCUGCUCUUGCUGCUGAGAACUGCACCAAUUCCCUCCCACACAGAGAGAAGGCUACCUUCUGGAUUGGGAAAGUUCGUAACAGAAGAAUACCUUAAAGUUGUAAAUUUUAAAAAAAAAAGAUUGGAUAUAAGCUACUACUGUAGUGAGCUAUGGAACUCAUGCAGAGCAAUGAUUUUGUGCGUCACUAUCUAUCAAUGUAACUGCAUGCACUCAAAGUUGAAUGCUUCAAGGUCCGACUGUGUUAAGAACUGCUGUUGUGACCUUUAUGAAGAGACCAGGGUGCAAGUAGACAUGUUAAAAGGUUGUAUUUAUAGAAAGGUGUGCAUGUGUGAAAGGAGUCUUGUGCUUCCUGCUUUCAUUUCUUAUUUUAAUACGGAGGAAUCUCUUGCCAAAGGUAAAUAAACAAUUUUGUUAUGUUUGUAAGAAAAGCACAUUUGGCUCCUGCUUUCUUUUUUCUUUUUUUUGUGUACAUGUGUUAAAUUAAACUGAAGGCCUGCUUUGCCAGUAUUCACAACAUGCCCUGGUCUGGUUUAAUUUCAGCAGGCCAACUUGUAUACUAUAGUUAUUGUAAUUGCUGUGACAAUGAAAGAUAUGCUGAUAUAGCUGGUACCCAGAGUCAUUUUGUUAUGUAAUAAUAUACUAAAGAUAAGAAUCAAUUGUUUUUCGUGUCCCUAAGUAACUCCCUUGUUUAAACUGUUAUACCUGAUAUCUUUUGACAAUAAAUACAUUCUUACACUG